UGCGGCCGGGCCCGACUCUGAGCCAGCGCGCAGGAUUUUACGAAAAUCAAGUCAGUCGCGCGCCAACAAUGAUGGUGUGAAGUUAGUGUCGCUCCCCCUCAGAAAAACACGCGUCUCCCAGUGAACAACGAAACUUCAAACAGUAAAAAAACAAUCCCUGUACAUAGUUUUUAUUUAUUCAUCAAUACUAACUUAAUUUACGUAAGUUUUGUGAUCCGUAACUUAUUUUUUACAAAGUAUUUAGAAAAACUGUGAUUGUUUUAAGUGUUAUAUAUAGUGAAUUUUAAGUGUUUUUUUGCGCCUUGGAGGUAUUGAUAUGUGAUUUUGGUUGCUUGUGCCAAAAUGGUUGAUAACAGUUGCGUUAUCGAAGGGACAGUGAAAUUCAGAGACGGGAAGAAGUGGAAAUCAAGAUGGUGCGUCAUGAGAAAACUGUCACCAGUUGCAG